GACGAACACGACAUAGAGACAUGUACAACGGGUUGAGUGGUACUGAGAGCAGACACGAAAUGUUGCGAAGAAUGGGUGAAUUGGAACAAGACGCAUCGAUAGCAGCAACAUAGGAUUUUUUACAAUUUCUUUCACAGGAGAAGUAGACUAGAGCUUGAGGUAGUAGGAUCUAAAUCCGCUUCAUCACUGUAGAACAAGGAGCAGAGGGCCGAAGGCAGAAGGCAACUUAUUCCAUGUUAUUCAGAUCCUGGAUAUUGACACUCAACAUGCUUUUUUUUAUUCUAGACUAGAGCUUGAGGUAAGUAAUCGAAAACUCAAACAACCGAGUUACUGACUGAAAUAAGGUAGGUAGUAGAAUCUAAAUCCGCUUCAUCACUGAGAUAAGAUGGUCGCUGGUUCUCCGAACGCGGCACGAUGGCUCAAGGCUUUCGCAAAAGCAAAGGGCGCGAAGCCAAGCAAGCCAGCAGCGAUUGAACGAUACACCAAUCUGAGCUUUACGAUGAAAUAAGUUUCUAGGCUGUAGCACACACGCAAAAUAAGGUAAUUCUUCAUGGACUUGUGGAUGGUUCCACGAUUCACAUUCAUCUCUGAUGUACUAAGUACUCAAUCUCAAAGUUGCCAUCUCACGUUCCUAGCCUCCAUUCCCUCUUUCCCUCACAUUUUUCAUUCUCCUAGCCUCCAUUUGGGAAAAGUUCGACUGCCAGACGCAGAUGCUUUGCCGCGAAGCCAUGAUCCCACUGAUGGGCAGUAAUCCGGAAUUAAUGGCCAAGAAUGUGGCGUCUUUUGGUGCUGCAACUGGUGGGGAGAAGAAGUGA